CAGUAACUAUCGCGCCUGUAGCACGUGUAGGGGGCGGGGCCACAGAGGCAGGAGUCAGGACUUGAAGUUGGAGUCUCCAUAAUAUUGAAUCAGGUGACCGUGAGAGGCUGGAACGCUGGUUUAAAUCCCCACAGCACAGAUUUCUUCCCGAUUAUGGUGUGAGCAGACCCAGCAGAAGUGUAGCCCUGGAUAGAAGUCUGAUGACCAAGAGGCUGGAAGUAAAAGAGACCAGAUAAAACCAAGCGGGAGGAAAGAAAAGAGAGCAGGUUACUCCUAAAGAGACUGAAGUGUAAAGAGGACGGGUGUCAGGAUGUCGCUGUCUAUUUCUCCAUGGAGGAGUGGGAGUAUAUAGAGGAACACAGGGGUCUGUACAAGGACGUGAUGAUGGAGAAUCGCCAACCCCUCACAUCACUGGGUUGAAGCCAUGAAUAAUAUUAAGGUAGAGAAUAUAGAAGGAGAAGAAGAAAAGUAUGUGAUUGGUGUCCAGGAGUAUAAGGAGGAGGAAAUCCCUACAGAUAUCGGCACAGAUGGAGCCAGUGACAGGAAUACCCCAGAGAGAUGUCCCCGUCCUAUUUAUUCCCAGGAUCAUACAGCGGAGAGUCACAGUGUCCCACAGGGGGAACACUUGACUGAUUUUAAAGUAGAAGAAAUAAAAGAGGAAGAGGAGACUUAUGUGACUGAUAUGAAGGCAGAAGAUACAGAGGGAGAAGAAGAGACGUAUGUGACUGAUAUAAAGGCAGAAGAUACAGAGGGAGAAGAAAAGACGUAUGUGACUGAUAUAAAGGCAGAAGAUAUAGAGGGAGAAGAAGAGACGUAUGUGACUGAUAUGAAGGCAGAAGAUAUAGAGGGAGAAGAAGAGACGUAUGUGACUGAUAUAAAGGCAGAAGAUAUAGAGGGAGAAGAAGAGACAUAUGUGAGGGAUGAUCAGCAGUGUAAGGAGGAGGAAAUCCCUACAGAUAUCAUCAGCACAGAUUGGCGCAAAAGCAGAAACAUCGUGGAAGGACAUCUCAUUUUAUCUCCAGAUGGUGAAAUAAUCGAUAAUGACGAUAGACUAAAUUCUCCAGGAGCAACCCCUGUUACCCCAAUCAUACAGCCAGUAUUUCCAGAUGCAGCAAUUUCAUCUGUUUCCUCUAGUCUGGAGGAUUGUUCAUAUAACUGUGAUAAUGGUACAUCUAUUACAGAGCUUAAAGCAGAUAAAAUAUUUCCCUGUCCUUUAGAUUCCAAAUAUUUUACACAAGACACAAAGGUUAUUACAGAUCAGCCAACUAAGAUGGAUCGGAAACCCUUUCCAUGUUCUGAGUGUGGGAAAUGUUUCAUACACAAAUCAGUUCUUGUUAGACAUGAGAAAAUUCACACGGGCACAAAGCAGUUUUCCUGUACUUGGUGUGGGAAAUGUUUUACGCACAAAUCCGUUCUGGUUACACAUGAGAGAACUCACACAGGUGAGAAACCAUUUUCAUGCUCUGAGUGUGGGAAAUGUUUUACACACAAAUCGGCUCUUAUAAGACAUAAGAGAAUCCACACAGGUGAGAGGCCAUAUCCAUGCUCUGAGUGUGGGAAAUGUUUUACACACAAAUCAACUCUCGUUAAGCAUAAGAUAAUCCACACAGGUGAGAGGCCAUAUCCGUGCUCUGAGUGUGGGAAAUGUUUUACACAUAAAUCAACUCUCAUUAAGCAUAAGAGAAUCCACAAAGGUGAGAGGCCAUAUCCAUGCUCUGAGUGUGGGAAAUGUUUUAAAGAGAGGUCAAAGCUUUUUCAACAUCAGAAAACUCAUACAGGUCUGAAGCCAUUUCCAUGUUCGGAGUGUGGGAAAUGUUUUAUUGAAAAAUCAAAACUUAUCAGACAUCAGAGACUUCACACAGGUGAGAAACCCUUUUCCUGUACUGAGUGUGGGAAAUGUUAUACUAACAAAUCAGUUCUUGUUAGACAUCAGAGACUUCAUAAAGGUGACAAUCCAUUUCCAUGCUAUGAGUGCGGGAAAUCUUUUACACAGCAAUCAAAUCUCGUUACACAUCAGAGAGAUCACACAGGUGAGAAACCAUUUUCCUGUUCUGAGUGUGGGAAGUGUUUUGUGUAUAAAUCAACUUUUCUUACACACCAGAGAAUUCACACAGGCGAAAAGCCAUUUUCCUGUUUGGAGUGUGGGAAGUGUUUUAUACAAAGAUCAAAUCUUCUCACACAUCAGAAAUCUCACACAGGAGAGAGACCAUUUUCAUGCUCUGAGUGUGGAAAAUGUUUUAUUAAUGCAGCAGUUCUUCAUAAACACCAGAGAAUUCACACAGGUGAGAAACCAUUUUCUUGUUCUGAGUGUGGGAAAUGUUUUACACAGAUCUCCAAUCUUGUUACACAUCAGAAAUGUCACACAGGUGAGAAAACAUUUUCAUGCUCUGAAUGUAGGAAAUAUUUUAAGCAGGAAUCCGAUCUUGUUAUACAUAACAGAUGUCACACAGGUAAGAGGCCAUUUGCAUGUUCUGAGUGUGGGAAAUGUUUUGGACAUAAAUCAUAUCUUGUUACACAUCAGAGAACUCACACAGGCGAGAAACCAUUUUCUUGUUCUGAGUGUGGGAAAUGUUUUACACAGAAAUGCAAUCUUGUUACACAUCGGAAAACUCAUGCAGGUCUGAAGCCAUUUCCAUGUUCGGAGUGUGGGACAUGUUUUGAGGAUAAAUCAACUCUUGUUACACACAAGAGACUUCACAUGGGUGAGAAGACGUCUUAAUGUCAUUGUAGGAAGUAGCAGAAAUCAAAUCCAGUUAAGGCAGACGUUAUUCUGACACACAUGCAGAGGUGAAACUUUGUGAUUACAUGUGAAGCCUAUUUCAUAUCAAGAAUAAAUCGCACCUGACCCCUUG